AUGGUGGCAGGUAUCUUCAAGAACAGGGUUCUCGCGGCCGCUGGCAAAAACGACCACGAAGUCGAGAAACUCCAGACAUGGACCCAGAUGCGGAAAGGACGAUUCUCACUCGACAUGGACGACUCGGUGACGCACCUUCUUUGUACCGAGGAACAAUUCAAACACAAGAACAAGAACAAGAGGAUCCAAGAAGCCAUGCAGAGAAACAAGGACAAAGAAAAGAAGAUCAAGAUCAAGAUCGUCCAUGUUGAUUGGUUCACCUUCUCCUGUACUCGCAACAAGAAGCUGCGCGAAUGCGACUAUGACUUCAAAGCCAUCAAACGCCGAGAACUUAUCAAGUCGAGGAAGCAGAAAGAAGAGGAGGCCAGGAUUCGGAAUUCUCUGCUUGGCCAGGAUUGGAUCAACCCUGACCUCUACCACGUCUUUACGGACAAAUACCACUUCCGAUACGAGAUCCAGCUCUUUCGCAACACCGAGGACGAGUACGGCGCCGUGAAUGAGAAGUACGAGCUCUAUCUCUUUGAGUCCCAUGCAAAGCCCCAUCUCUACUGGUUCGGGGCUAAGCUGUGCCAGAAGAAGGACGACGGCGUCUGGCGCUUCCGCGCCAUCGAACGCACCAGCACCACCUGCGGAGUCUUCAAGCCCGAGUUCGAGCACUUCAAAAACUUCUUCCUAUUCAAGACCAAACAUCGCUGGUGCGAUCGAGUGCUGAAGGCCGGUACUGGAGAGAAGACGGACUUCAGCUACACGCCCCCGACUCGAGGCAAGCCUGUCGGAGGCAGGCUGACCCCAGGCCUCAGCUACGACGAGUGCGUCAAGCGCAACAUUGAGACCCGCCUUCUCUUUGCCGAACUGUUCGGCGACGAGCUCCCCGCCAACAUACAGAUCGAUGUCGCUAUGACAGAGCUCCUGGACGAGGUCAUCGACAAGGCUUGCGCCGCUCACUGCGAGGGUCUCCGCGAUGCCUUUCACGAGAUGUGGGCGACUGAGAUGCCAGCCCCUGCUCUGAGAGAGACACCCAUUGAAAACGCCGACGCCGAAGACGAGGCAUCAGGCAACACCAUCAGCGCUCCCUCGGAUAGCAUGCCGCAGCUGAGUAUUGAGGACGUUGACGAACGCCUUGGUAGCAUGCAGGACUGCGAGAUGGAGGAUGCGACGGCUCCCUCCUUGGACAAUGACGAGUGGUGGCCAACCACUGCUGCCGUCUCUGAGGACCUCACCAUGCAGGAUUGGUGA